UCAGUUACUGUCCGGACGCGGAAACAGGGACGCUCGCUCGCUCUCUCUCUCUCUCUCUCUCUCUUUUAUUGUGCUUCUAACACACCGCCAUUUACAGAUUAGUAGAGAUUGCAAGUGGAUUGAAGUGAGAGUGGAAAGGGAGAGGGAGCUUCCUGCUUUCACUUAUAAUUAUGCCUCCUCCUCCUCCUUCUACUUCCAGGCCAGGUAUCAACGGACAUGGACGUCCUCCGAUCGCGGCUGAGACGGUGGUGGUUAGGCACCAGCAGCCGUAUUACCGGAGCUACUCGUCGUCUUCGUCGUCGGCGUCGCUGAAGGGAUGCUGCUGCUGCUUGUUUUUGUUGUUCGCGUUCCUGGCACUGCUAGUACUGGCGGUGGUGCUCAUAGUAAUACUGGCGGUGAAGCCGAAGAAGCCGCAGUUCGAUCUACAGCAAGUGGCAGUGGUGUACAUGGGAAUCUCUAACCCUAGCGCUGUUCUGGAUCCAACCACCGCCUCCCUCUCCCUGACCAUCCGCAUGCUCUUCACCGCCGGCAACCCCAACAAGGUCGGGAUCAGGUACGGGGAGUCCAGCUUCACGGUGAUGUACAAAGGCAUGCCACUGGGGAGGGCGACGGUGCCCGGAUUCUACCAGGACGCGCACAGUACGAGGAACGUGGAGGCCACCAUUUCCGUCGAUAGAGUCAAUCUUAUGCAAGCCCACGCCGCCGAUCUCGUCAGAGACGCUUCCUUGAACGACCGAGUGGAGCUCACAGUCCGCGGAGACGUUGGCGCUAAGAUCCGAGUCAUGAAUUUCGAUUCACCGGGAGUUCAGGUAUCGGUCAAUUGCGGGAUAGGCAUUAGUCCCAGAAAGCAAGCUCUCAUUUACAAACAAUGUGGCUUUGAUGGCCUCAGCGUCUAAUUCCAAACUGUAACAUAUAUAUAUAUAUAUAUAUAUAUUUUAUAUUUCUUCCACUGACCACACUCCCAGCCUGCGAGGAGUUGCAAAAAGAUUAAAAGAUCCCAGCCAAAACUGGUAAGUAAAGAAAUUGGAACGAGUUCAAUCCUUCCCCUGCUUCUUUGGGAAAUUUUUGUUUGUACAAGCUCAAUUCAAAAGCAACAAUGUUUAUUUACCAAAGAUAAAUUUACUCACCCAGUAAUUUACUCA